AUGGACAGCAUUUCCAGCCCGGGUGAACUAGCUCUGGAGCUCUACCAAGCAAUUUUUCAACCGCUACGUCCCAAAGUUUAUGGGUUCUUCGAUUCUUUCACACGGUCAGAUGGGACUGUUGCAGCUGCAAAAAGAAGCAAUGCUAAUCCGUCCUUACCAGGUGUCUACGCUGAUGGCAAGAUCUACGUUGAUGGCAGAAAUACGUCAGUCCACCCAGACGAUGUGAUUCUUAUCAUUGAUCUCUCCGCCAACUUCACAAAUCAAGAUAUCUGGCGACACAGCGUCCUUGACAAGCCUCCGGAUGUCCCCAACGCCCUGGUCGAAGGAACUCUCUGGUACUCUCAGGUAACUCGAAAGCUCUACCAACUCGGUGGCUGGUUCUCAUUCAACAGCUUUGCAGAAACCAGCUACAUCGCCAAUGUCCCUCAAUCCGCCAUCUUGGAAUUCGCUACCGACUCCAAAACUUGGGCAGAAUCUGCUUUUAACCCCGUUAACACAGAAAACAAGGUCGAGCGUCCUCGAGCGGCGAACCCGUGCGAUGCGCCGAUUUUGAAUAAGAGUUUUAUCUUUGAGGGGUAUGUGCAGAGGAGGUCGGAUGCUGAUUAUGUUAAUUAUACUGCUCCCUCGGAAUUCAAGUUUUUGGAGGGCAUGCUGCAGCUUGAUACGAAUAUCAAGGACUCGCCACCGACUCUCUCGAAUAUCUCGGUCCCGGCGAAUAUUGGGCCCGGGAUGAACGGCGCAAUGAUCCAUGUCCCAGUCGGCGACCAAGGUGUACCACAGAUUCUAAGUAGGAGAUCAGAUGUUUGCACAACUCUUAUUACAGCAGCAUACAAGAGUUCGUUCAAAUCUUCAUGGUUGCUGGUGUUGGCAAGUUAUCCUUCGUUCCUCCAAAAUGGAGAUGCUAAGUCUGGAUCAGAAACGUGGUUUCUCACCCUGCCAACCUUCCAAUGGUUAAAAGUCCACACCCGCCCAGGAGGAGUCUACAGCAUCUUCGACUUCCCUGGCGCCAGCCGUCUCGAAGCCGAGUGUUUGGCCGGAUUUGUAUCUCCCCCAGUGUGUCCCACUUACGCUCCCUGCGAACAUCCCAACAAGAGGGGAGGUGGAGGUGGAGGUGGAGUGUCAGUCAUGGUGUUAACGAGUGCAUGCAAAUACAUCUUCAUACCGUCCCUUCCCCGCCCCGCCUACAAGCCAACCCGCAACCUCGCGCACCUCACCACCAGCACCACGAACAACAACCUCCAAACCACCACGCUCUCUCCCUCAUCCCCACCUUCCAUCUCCGCGAUCGUCGGCGGCGUCGUGUUCCUCGCCUUACUCGCCCUCCUCGCCGUUUUCCUUCUCCGCGGCCAUUGCAAGAAUAAAGCCCCUGAACCAAAGCUGGCGAGUGCGGAGUUGCCGAGUUAUCAGGAUAGAAAGGACAUGAAUACGAACGCAGUGGAAGUCGGCGCGUUUAGUCACCCGCUGGCUUUUACGCCAUAUAUACCGCGGCCACCGCAGGAGGUUGAUGCCUCACACGAUGAGGAACAUCAUACUUUACCGGAUGGGAGUAUGGGAGCGACGCCGCGGAUUGAGAGUGGCAGUCCUCAAAUGGGCAGUUCAAGCAGAUUCUCGGAGGUUAGUAUGGGGACAGAGGAGUUCGGGACCGAGGCGCGAGAGCAGAGUGAGUGA